AUGCAAUGAAUUUUAAAUAUUUUAAUACGAAAUAAAACUGUACAAUCAUCAAGCGAAAUAUCUCUGUAUAUAGGUUUCUACAAACGACAACGGACCGGUCUAACCGUGCGGGUUCGAGUUGAUUCGUUUUGACAAUUUGGCGGAGGAAGACCAUAGUAACAGAUUUGUUGUCAAGGAGUGCGACGUCCCACUUUGGACCGAAUAACCGUGGCGUACUUAUAUUGAAAUUUGGGCGCACAGCAGCAGAUAGUGAAAGAGGUACUUGAUAAUCGCACGGGAGGAAGACAAACCACUUGGUUGUUCAUUUACUUCACAUAAACGUAACUCAUUUCGCUAUUAAAUACAAUGGCCGAUCAGCUAACAGAAGAGCAAAUUGCUGAAUUCAAGGAGGCAUUCUCACUGUUUGAUAAAGACGGUGAUGGCACAAUCACUACUAAAGAGUUGGGGACUGUCAUGCGGUCUUUGGGCCAGAACCCUACAGAGGCUGAGUUGCAAGAUAUGAUAAAUGAAGUUGAUGCUGAUGGCAAUGGAACUAUUGAUUUCCCAGAAUUCCUCACUAUGAUGGCCAGAAAAAUGAAGGACACAGAUAGUGAAGAGGAGAUCAGGGAAGCAUUCAGAGUCUUUGACAAGGAUGGUAAUGGUUAUAUCAGUGCAGCCGAGCUCCGUCAUGUUAUGACAAAUCUGGGGGAGAAACUCACAGAUGAGGAAGUUGAUGAGAUGAUUCGAGAGGCUGAUAUUGAUGGUGAUGGCCAGGUCAACUAUGAAGAGUUUGUCCAGAUGAUGACAGCAAAGUAAAACUGGAAACCAAAAGGAGUACAAUAGACCAAACAGUGGGCAGCACCCUCACUGUCAAUCUUCAACAAGCAUUCACAAUGUUAUCCCCCCCCCACUAGGUUUUGCUCUCUUCUACUUUCCCUUAGUUUGUUCAAUCUUCUGCUCCGCUUCUUUUUUUUUUAAACCCAAUUGACAGAAUCUCCCUUAAACUUCUUCCAAUGUUUUUUUUAAAGAAAAUAUUUAUAUGCACAUCAAAGUUAAAAUCUUGCAUAUAUGAUGGUGAUGAUAACAGCUGUGUAACACAUGUAUCAAUAUUUUAAAAGUUGUGACAUACUAUAUGGACAAUAGCAAUGCAUGCUUUAUUUAGGUUUGGCAUGCUUCUGUGUUUUUUUGUUUGUCUCAGCUUGCCUUUUCCUAACUUGCUAGUACUCCUUUAACUGCAUGUUUUUCAUGCAACCUCUGCUCAGUGGUCUUAGAACUGUCUGGUGAAUAACCAUUCAUGGAUAAUCAGGGGCUUUAUAUUACAAAAUGGCUCAAACUUCCAUGUAUUAGUGUGAUUGUGUUGUGUGUCUGAGUGAGUGUUUGUGGUGGGAUUUAAGUGGAGCCAUGCAGUAAAGUUUACGUUUUGGUAUAGGGCUUGUUCUUUAGGGACCGCAUAACUAAUAUGUACGAUAAAAAAGACAAUUUAGCGUAGAAUAAUCUGGAUAUGGUUUAUUGGGGACCAAUUAUGUCAUUAGUUUGCCUCCUUUAUAUACUAAAAAUAUAGAGAAGCAUGGGGGGAAGCCUUUCAUCUUUCCUCCAGCUUGACAUUUCCUCACAAACUUUACAACCCCAAAGCAAAUGUCACCUAUUUUUUUGAGACUGAUGUAGAGAGGUUUAAUGUUUGGUUUGAGCGCUGUCUGUGUUUUUACUGAAGAUGUAAAUUAGUUUAUAUAUGGUCUUACAUUUUGAUGCAGCACUUAGUGUCCCACCACAUCAGUGGACCAUUUCUGUCUAGGAAGGAAACCUAUCAAGUUAAAGCUGUGUGCCGAUUCUAAAAAAAGCACCUGCAUUUUUUUAUUAUUAUUGUAAGCUCAUUUCCUCAAACGAACAAUGUCACAUUCGGUGUCCAUGCAGUGGCAACUAGGGUAGUGAAUAAUAACUGUCAUUCAGUUAGGACGCGGCCACAAAACCUGCAAAUAUGGGCGCUUUGUAUGACAUCUACAUUUCUUAGAAAAUUUAGUUAAACAAGUUAAACAAACAGCGCUUAAUGGUAGAAUGAUAUAUGGUGGUAGUAUUGCAUCCUCUGCCUCUGUUCUUAAUUUAUUCUACUGUUGUUUUUUAUGACUUAUUGUAUUUUGUGUUUUUUUUCCUGGCAUCCGAGUUUAUGGUCUGGUUCUUUUUUCCUCUCUUGUCUGUCCAUAAGAAAAAAUAGGAAAAAAUGAAAGGUUAUGCAUUCCAUUGCAGAACUCUUUUGGUUUUCUUGCUAAAUAAACGUCUUGGACCUGUUUCUAAACUA